GCACGAACGGCGCUGGCCUCUCACAUCUGGCAGCAUCCGCGCCUCCCCAGAGGAUGACCGACGUACGGCCGGAUCAGUCAGGUGUGCCUGGGCCCCUUCCAAAAGACCCUAACCGUCAUGCGUAUAUCGAGAAGGAUGCCGUAACUGAGCUGAACAGUAUACCGCUGAACGACAUUCUGGAUCAGGACUCGCGCCCUACCUUUGUGCUGGACCUGGACUCGGACUAUGUUAACUACAACCUACGCAAGGACGAGCUCCGGCCAAUCUUUUGCAACUCGGCACUCAGGCUUCACGAGACCCUGCUGGACAGUGUAACCGGCGUGACGGGCGUCGAGGAUCCCGCUGAGCCAGGCUAUUCUACAUAUCUGGAAUUCAGGUCCUGGGCCACGAGCUGGAGCAAGUUCGACGAUUCUCGCGAUGUAUUCCCCCUCACCUGUCUCUUCAUGGGAAUGCUAUGGACUGGGUCAACUGUCAGGCAACGAUUUCGGAUCAUCAGUGGGAACAGGUGCUACGAUCUCUCCCAAUUGCCCAAGGAAGCCCUGCAGGCGGGGUCUCCUAUAGAGCUAGAGUACGGAGUUAUCCCUCCAAACAAACCACCUGCUAAGGCGAUAUCAAACGAUCGCGCUGGAGACGUGCGGCCUCCCCGUAUUCUGACAUCGCGGCCUGCUAGAGCAGUUCCGGGCACGGAAACAAGUUCAACCACCUUGGUGACAUUCUCCAAAGCCAGUCGUGCCAAAGACAAAAGUUCCAGAAUCUCAACAUCGGAUGGAAAGUCCGCGAAGACCAGCGGUUCCUCGAGCUCCAUCCCCUUGUCCGCUCCCGACAAUGGCGUUCCGGACUGGACUGCUGAGCAGCCUACAGGGGUAAUGACUGACCACGUCUUGUUGGCACGUAACGUGGACUGGGCAGCUACGCCUCUUGGGCCCAUGACGAGUUGGUCGAGAGAGUUCCGCGAGGUGGCCAAUCUCGUCAUGAGAAACCCACAUCCUGCCGCCCUAUUCUGGGGCGAAGAGCUGACCAUGCUUUACAACGAGGCAUACGCCAAGGAAGUGGCUGGGAACAAGCACCCUGAGCUAAUGGGGACCGGGUUCAGUGGUCCAUUCUCCGAGCUGUGGGAUGGCGUUUCUCCUGUCUUCCGCGAGUGCGCUCGCACGGGUAAGAGUGUACGCAGGGAAAACGAUCCGUUACCGAUAGAGAGAUAUGGCUAUCUAGAAGAAACCUUCUUCUCUUGGUCCUUCAUACCUCUCUAUGGAGGAACAGACCGAAUAUUAGGAUUUUACAACGGACCAUUCGAAACAACAUACCAGACCAUCAGUAGGCGGAGACUGCAGACUCUCCGCAAUCUCGGUGAGAAACUAGCCCAAGCGAGGUCUUUCAAGCAUUUCUGGAAAUGUGUACUAGACGGUCUGGAAGACAACCAUAACGACAUACCUUUCGCUCUGCUAUAUUCCAUUACAGAUUCCGAGGACGCCGACGCAGCGUCCCAUUCUUCGGAUAGCACCAUCUCGCUGAAGUCUUGUUUUCUGGAAGGCUCCAUCGGGAUACCGGAGAACCACCCUGCAUCACCGCCCAAGCUUGAUCUCAAGCGGAGCAAGGAAGGAUUCAUCCCUGCGUUCCGCGAGGCUAUGCGGACGCGGGAACCGACCAUGCUUCAAACGAGAGAUGGCACUCUACCCGAAACGUUGCUAGAAGGCAUCGAGUGGAGGGGGACGGGAGACCCGUGUAAAGAGGCCAUUAUCAUUCCAGUUCGACCUACCAAUGGCGAAACCAUCUACGCCUUUUUGCUGAUUGGAGUCAAUCCUAGGAGAGCGUGGGACGAGGACUAUAGGGAUUUUUCAGCGAUGCUGAAUAGGCAACUAGCUACCUCGCUGGCAUCUUUCCUGCUCUUCGAAGAUGAGGUUCGGCAAAGUAGGCACGAGGCGGAAGCGGCGGCACUACAACGGGAACGAUUGUCUCAGGAGCUGCAAUUACAGACCAAUCGGAUGCGGCGUAUGACGGAGCUUUCACCCCUGGGUAUGUACCUGUUCAGUCCGGACGGUGUCCUGUUGGAAGCGAAUGACCGCUAUUUUGAGAUGACUGGCCACCGAAGGGACGUUCAGUCGGAGUUUUCCUUCAUGGACUACAUCGCGGAGAGUAGCAAGCAAACUGCCAAAGUUAUGUGGGACUCGUUGGUGAAGGACCUGAAGCCAAAGUAUGGGGAGCUGCAGCUGAAGAAUCCUAAAGUCGACACUCGUGACUUGAAUGGCGAACCUAUCGAGUAUUGGGUCUUGGCCUCGUCCAUGCCGGAGAUCGGCAUGAACGGAGAACUGGUAUCGAUCAUGGGCUCUAUCGCGGACAUUAGUCACAUGAAGUGGGCCCAGGGGCUGCAAGAGCGCCGGCUACGAGAGGCAGAAGAGACGAAGCGGCAGCAGAAUGAGUUCAUCGACAUCACGUCGCACGAGAUGCGGAACCCUCUGAGCGCGAUUCUGAUCUGCGCCGACGACAUCCGUGACACGUUAAGUCGACAUCAGUUCAGCGGCGGCGACGCUGCCGUUAUUUCUGAAUGCAUCGAAUCGGCGAAUAACAUUGCACUGUGCGUGCAGCAUCAGAAGGCCAUUGUGGACGAUAUCCUCACAGUCAGCAAACUCGACUCGAACCUGCUAGUCAUCACCCCGGUUCCAGUCCAACCCGUCACCGUCAUCCAACGCGCCAUGAGCAUGUUCAAACCCGAAGUCCAAGCCAAAGACAUCGAAUUCGAAUUUUGCCCUCAAGACUCGCUGGAGAAUCUCCAAGUCGACUGGGUGAACCUGGACCCCAGCCGCCUCCUCCAAAUCACCGUCAACCUCAUCACCAACGCCAUCAAGUUCACGCAGAGUUCCUCGAAGCGCGUCAUUUCCGUCAUGCUCGGCGCGUCGGUUGACCCGCCGGACCUGCAGAGCAAAGGAUUCGAAUACGUGCCUACACGCGGUCCGCUCGUCAACAUCACCGGGGGCGAUGACUGGGGCAACGGCGAGCUGCUGUAUAUCCGCGUGCAUGUACAGGAUACAGGCUGCGGUCUCACGCCCGAAGAGAAGCAACUCCUCUUUGAGCGAUUCGCUCAGGCAUCUCCCCGCACGCAUGCCUACUACGGCGGAAGCGGUCUUGGUCUUUUUAUAUCCCGCCAACUCGCCGAACUGCAUGGCGGCCAGAUUGGCGUGUCGUCCGAAGCCGGCGUCGGCAGCACGUUCGGCUUCUUCAUCCAGGCGCGGAGGGUGGUGGCGCCGGAGAACUACAUGUCUGGGCAGCAGCAAGGUCUGCCGCCGCCGCAGGUCACGAAGUCGGGAGAGGUAAGGCGGUAUCCGGUUGAGGAUGUGUCGACGGCGAUUCCGUCGCUUUCGACUAUAUCCGAGGCAUCCAAGCGAGGGGAUCGAGGAGAGGAGGAAGAGGAAGAAGAAAAAGAAGAAACACGCAGCCAGAGUCCGAAACAGGUGCCCACACCAGAGACAAUGACACCCAUCCUAACACCCGGCCCAUCAACCAUAACACUCCCCGCAGCCGUACGCGCGGCCGAACUCGCAGAAGCCACGGGCUCCCCCUCCACCUCUCCCAUGCACAUCCUCAUCGUCGAAGACAACAUCGUCAACCAAAAAGUCCUCUCCAAGCAGCUGCAAAAAGCCGGGUGCAUCGUCUCAACGGCGGACAACGGGCUGCACUGCCUUUCCUUUCUCUCGCGCACGCACUUUUUCUCCCCCCACGGCCCGGGGACGGGGAUCCCGCUGUCGCUGAUCCUCAUGGAUCUCGAGAUGCCCGAGAUGGAUGGGUUGACGUGCGUGGGGCGGAUUAGGGAGAUGGAGAGGGAGGGUAGGGUUAGGGGGCAUGUGCCUGUUAUUGCGGUCACGGCAAAUGUGAGGGAGGAGCAGGUUAGGUUGGCGCUGGGGAGGGGAAUGGAUGAGGUGGUUAGUAAACCGUUUCGGGUGAAGGAGUUGAUGGAGGGGAUUAGGAGGGUUCUUGGGAGGUUGGAGGGGGAUGGUUGAGGGGUGGGAGGAAGGAGGGGUGAGGGAUGUGGGAUGAUCGAUGAGUGAGGUUUGAGGGGGGAGGUGGAGAUGGCUGGAGGCAGCCAGGGCGUGGUUUGGAGUUGGUCGUACAUAAGGGCGGGAUCUUUUUUGCAUCUUUUGCAUAGCGAGCGAGCACGUACAUACAUACAUACAUAGCGGUUUCUGGCACGCUGGAUAUAGGGUUUUGCAUUUCCCGUUUCAAGAAUAUAGACCCGGCUACUUUGGAAGUAACGUAACGUUUGCUGUUUUGGAUGGAGAGACGAGUUUGUUUGUUGGUACCAUUUUCUCCUUUAUCUUAUCGAGAUUUUGCUUGCAUGAUCGAAAUAGAAAUGAGGGUUGGAUUGGGGUGGUUAUAUAUAUGUAUAUAAGAUGAAUAUACGCUGCAUACACCGU